GCCGUUGGGCGAUAAAUAAAAGCCCACCGUGCUUCGGCUUUUACUCUCAGUUCCCGAUCUCUCACCGCUACGCACACGGCUACAAAGACAGCGAGAGUACACAAAACACUGUCCGUGUUUCUAAAACAUUACCAAAUUUCGCAUUGCACUUGACAAAGAAUGAUGAACAUUUACCUUGUAAUUGUGAGCGCGUUAGUUGCGACUCAGGUAGCUGCAUUUCCCGGUGGUGCACCUCGUAGUGCAUGUGCAUCAAUGGCACCCAUUCACAUGCUUUUUGGCGCACAAGAAGAUACAGUUCCUUUUACUUUAUCAAUUAGCAGUACACAAGCCAAUUCAGUUUCUCCUAUAACAGUAACUCUUCAGUCCAUCGGUGAGGCCGAUUUCAGAGGCUACAUGAUUCAGGCUCGAUCAGGCACUAACACCACGGGCAUUGGCAGUUUCAGUGCUGAAGGAAGUCAAGGCAAAACAAUGGACUGUCCAGGAGGAACUGCGAACGCCGUAACCCAUUCAAGCCGAGUUAGGAGAAAGAACGAAACGUUUUUGUGGACUCCACCUGCAGAUUUCAAGGGACAAGUCACAAUGAAGGCUACAGUGGUCAUUGGUUUCAGGACAUUCUAUACAGAUCUGAAGUCCACUCCCAUUACCAUUGUAUAGUAAAAUUAAUUUAUGUAUGAACUGACCUUAUGCUGGUGAUUAAGCAACUACCAACUAUGUCAUUAGACUUGCUAAAAGAUUUACCAGUGCUGUUGUAUUGUGGUGUCUAUUAUGGACACUUGUUGGGAAAUUUUUAAAAUGUUUUUCUGCUUUGACUGCAUACAUAUGUAUCACGAUGAUCAGUAGUAAGACUGGUACAUCAGUAUCUAUAUACAGACAGAGAUUUCACAAACUGUGACACUGAAAUUUGUUAACACUAUCAUGACUUUUUAAAAUAAAACGGGCCAUAAUUUGGUUAA